AUGUCCGGUGGUAAAGGUGGUAAAGCUGGUUCUGCUGCUAAAGCUUCUCAAUCCAGGUCUGCUAAAGCUGGUUUAACUUUUCCAGUUGGUAGAGUUCACAGAUUACUAAGAAGGGGGAAUUAUGCUCAAAGAAUUGGUUCUGGUGCACCUGUUUACUUAACUGCUGUUUUAGAAUAUUUAGCUGCAGAAAUUUUAGAAUUAGCUGGUAAUGCUGCCAGAGAUAACAAAAAGACCAGAAUCAUCCCAAGACAUUUGCAACUAGCAAUCAGAAACGAUGACGAAUUAAACAAGUUAUUGGGUAAUGUCACUAUUGCACAAGGUGGUGUGUUACCAAACAUCCACCAAAAUUUAUUGCCAAAGAAAUCUGUCAAACCUACCAAAGCAUCUCAAGAAUUAUGA